AGAUCUUAAAAUGAAAAUAGUGUUUUAAAUCUUUAGAUUUAGAUUAUGUAAUACAACAAACACUUUAUAUAAUAAGUUAAUUAUUAGCCCUUUAUUAACACUGAGAAUCUCAUAAUAUCAAAGUCAAACUAUAAUAUUAAGUUUGUAGGGCUUAAGUAACGACAAUCAAUUUGUUGUUAAUAUGUGAUAAUUGACUGAAAAUACAGAAAAAAUAUUACAUUGCAUACGUUUGACACUGAUUUCAAUAAUUAAAUUAUAAUUUGUGAUAAAAUUCAUAUAAAAACUGUUUUUAUAUUUUAAAAUAAUAUAACUUUUAGCCGUCUAUUGAAAAUCAAUAAUUAUAGAAAUGGAUUCAAUCAAUAAUCUACUAAACCUGGACACUAUUAACCAGCAGAUCAGGGAAAUGGAGUAUGCCGUCAGAGGACCCAUACCUAUAAGGGCCACACAAUUAGCUCAGGAACUUAAAAGUGGUGUCCAAAAACCGUUUGAAGAAGUGAUUCGGGCCAAUAUCGGUGACUGUCAUGCUAUGGAUCAAAAACCCAUUACUUUUUUCAGACAAGUGCUGUCAGGUGUUCUCAGUCCUGAUAAAUAUCUUUCAAAUUCUGAAAUACCAGAAGAUGUCAAACAAAGAAUCUCAUUAUUAUUGACAGAAUUGGGAGGAAAAUCAGUCGGUGCUUAUUCUGAUGCUUCAGGAGUUGAAAUCAUUAGACGACAUGUGGCUGAAUAUAUUGAAGAAAGGGAUGGAAUAGCCAGUGAUUGGCAGAGUAUAGUAUUGACUACCGGAGCGUCUGAAGGCGCCAAAGCUAUGUUGUCUUUCAUGAAUUCGGGCUCAAGUGAUGGCAUUCCUACCGGUGUUAUGGUUCCCAUACCUCAAUACCCUUUAUAUUCAGCAACUAUUUGUGAAUUAUCAAUGCAUUUGAUUCCCUAUUACUUGGAUGAAGACAACGAAUGGGCGCUCAGUAUUGAUGAACUCCAACGAUCACUAAAUGAAUCAAAAGCUAAUUGUAAACCAAAAGCAAUUGUUGUGAUAAAUCCAGGAAAUCCUACCGGUUCUGUACUCACACGUAAUAAUAUUGAAGACAUUAUUAAAUUUGCCAAACAAAACAAUUUACUAAUAAUUGCUGAUGAGGUAUAUCAACACAACAUCUGGAAAAGUGGUGCAAAGUUUUAUUCAUUCAAAAAAGUUAUGCACGAAUUGAAUGUCAAACUAGAAUUGGUAUCAAUGAUGAGUGCUUCCAAAGGCUUUAUGGGUGAAUGUGGUCUUCGUGGAGGUUAUCUUGAAAUAUGCAAUUUUGAUCCACAAGUAAAGGCUGUAUUUUUCAAGAUGUUAAGCGCCAGACUUUGUUCAUCUAUUUUGGGACAAAUAGCUAUGGAUUGUGUAGUAAAACCUCCAGUUAAAGGUUCUCCUUCUUAUGAUAUCUUCAUUAAAGAGAAACAAGAAAUUUUAGAUUCAUUGCAAAAGAGGGCCAAAUUAGUUGCCGAUACUUUCAACUCAAUUCCUGGUAUUGUAUCCAAUCCAGUGGCCGGAGCCAUGUAUGCCUUCCCGAAGAUUGAAUUGCCUGAAAAACUCAUUAAAAUGGCUGAAGAGAAACAACAAAAACCUGACUUUUUCUAUGCGAUGACUUUAUUGGAGAGAACCGGUAUUUGUGUUGUUCCCGGCUCUGGUUUCGGUCAAAUUCCCGGUACGUAUCACUUUCGGACCACAAUUCUACCACAAACUGACAAAAUGGAGAAAAUGAUGAAUAAAUUCAAAGAAUUUCAUUUGAAAUUCUUAGACGAAUUCAAUUAAUCGAACGGAAUAUUACUAAAUGUCUAUAUUUUACUGUUAUUUACAAUAAUUUUGUAUUUUUAGAAAUAUAAUAAUUUUAGUGAUAUUUGUGAAACAAAAUAUAAG